AUGUGCUUUCUCAGACCCCCCUGCAAUGAGAGAGAGAGACCUGCUGACUGGACCACGCCCCCAGUGGAGGCAACCUCCAGGCUCCCCGAGGAGGAGGAGGAGGACUGCGGACGCAGGUACCAGGUGGGCACGUUCCGAGUGGUCCCUGAAGAGGAACAAGAGCUCCGUGCCCAGCUGGAGCGGCUUACGACCAAGGACCAUGGACCUGUCUUUGGCCCAUGCAGUCAGCUCCCCCGCCACACCUUACAGAAGGCCAAGGACGAGCUGAACGAGCGGGAAGAGACCCGGGAGGAGGUGGUGCGAGAGCUGCAGGAGCUGGUGCAGGCCGAGGCGGCCUCCGGGCACGAGCUGGCCCGGGCGGUGGCCGAGCGCGUGCAGGGAAGGGACAGCGCCUUCUUCCUGCGCUUCAUCCGCGCGCGGAAGUUCCACGUGGGGCGCGCCUACGAGCUGCUCAGAGGCUACGUGAACUUCCGGCUGCAGUACCCCGAGCUCUUCGACAGCCUGUCCCUGGAGGCGGUCCGCUGCACCGUGGAGGCCGGCUACCCUGGUGUCCUUUCCACUCGGGACAAGUAUGGCCGGGUGGUCAUGCUCUUCAACAUCGAGAACUGGGACUCCGAAGAAAUCACCUUCGACGAGGUCAGUGGGGGCUGA